CUUAUAUGCAAUCGCCUAACCUGUGUUGACUGUCGAGAGAAGUACAAGAUACUGUGCCCGUGGAGAAAAUCGUGAUCUCGUCGACGAUUUGCGUUUAAUAUCAUUGUUGUGAUUUAAGUCAAUCAUGUCAAUGUCAAGUGUUAAUUUUUCCAAUCUACAGAAGCUGAAAAAUGGUAUGAGGGACCAUGGAUCAUGUUUACCGGACAGUGACAGUAGCUCUGUUGGUACGGGCUCCGAGCUAGCGGACCGGGACCAUGACUUGGAUGAUCCCUGUCUCGGCCCGGGCCUAACCCAUCUGACUCCCGCUGAUAUGGCGGACAACAUUGAAAAGGCUUCAAAACACGGCAAGAAAACGAAAGGAAGAGUGAAGAUAAAAAUGGAGUUUAUUGAAAACAAGUUGAGACGUUAUACAACUUUUAGCAAAAGGAAAACAGGCAUUAUGAAAAAGGCUUAUGAAUUAUCAACAUUGACUGGAACACAGGUGAUGUUGCUGGUUGCCAGUGAGACAGGACAUGUUUACACUUUUGCCACACGCAAACUCCAACCUAUGAUCACAAGUGAAAGUGGGAAAGCCCUUAUUCAAACCUGCCUGAACUCCCCUGACAUCCCUUCAGACAGCCAGCAUCAUAGUCGUAACCCUGAUCAGCGCAUGUGUGCUACUGGCUUUGAAGAGACUGAUCUGUCAUAUCAAGUCAGCGAUGAGGAAGCUCUCAGUGGAAAGGAAGGAAGAUCAGCUAUAUUUCAAGUGACACAAGUACCAGGAGCAGGAGCUGAUGCAAACACAAAUACUUCAAAUGGUCUCUUAUCGGGUGCAGGGCAUACAUUUCCAAUGACAACAUAUUUACCUACUUCGUCAGCUGCUCCUGUAACACCUGGAACAAAAGUCAGCUCCACAGCAGCUACUAGUCUACCAAUGUCAGUUCCACAAGGGGCUACUAUUACAACACUCAUUUCACCUACAGGACAGGCAUUAACAGCAGGACAAGCACUAAGUGCUGGGAUGCUCCAAGUACAACCCAGUCAUUCUCAACUGCAGCUUCAGCCUAAUGCACAGGGCCAGACACCCUCGGGAACACCCACACUCUACAGACUACAGCAAGGAACAGGUCUUGCUGGUACAGCUAGUCAGAUGGUUACUGCCUUAGUCCCUUCUGUGCAUGCUGGUGCUGCUACUACAUCCACAACCCAACACACUCAGAGUGCCAACACUGUAACCAUGCUCACUGCACCGCAAUCAUCCAUGAGUCCUGCAGGUAACACCAAUGCGAUAGCCACGCCCCUGAUGUAUCACACCCCUCAAGGAGUGGUGUAUGCCGCAUCACCAGCAGGCACUGUCAAUACUCUACCAGAAGGAUUUUUCUUUAACUAUCAAACAGCUGCUGCUGCUGCUACACACCUACAUCAGACAGCCCAUGCAAACAUAGAGGGAAAGAACACAGUGACAGUCCCUGGAAAUGUACCAGCCAUUCAGCUGCAUGUAGCAUGCCAACAGGUGACCAACACAUCUCAAGCAAGUAGAGCAAUGUCCAUUCAGUCAUCAUCAAAGAGAGCAAGAGAUGAUGUGUCGAAUUCAGCAACUCCAGUCAAGAUACCAUCGUUAGAAGCCAAGACAUUAUGAUAUAGACAAUACUAAAGCAGUUUAUCUGCCCUAUUGAAGAAGUGACUCGAUGUAAUCUACUUUGCUAACUCAAAUGAGACCUGAAAUCAAGCUGUUGCAUGGAAACACAUUACUUGCCAUGAGGUGUUUGAUAUUUUGAAUGUUAAGUGGACACGUCAUAGCUUUAAGUCAAUGUAUCUAGUUUUGGUAUCGGAGAGGAUAUUGGAUUGAACUUUCAUGAAUAUAGUGUCAUAUUAUUCUUCUUGUAUCAAAAGAAAUACAUGGUCCAGAUAUGUUGAGGAUCUAUAUGUGAUUUCUGAUGAAUGUUUUUGUCACUAUCUACAAGGAAUGUUGAAUGUAGGAUAAACCUCUGAGAGCUUCUUAGAUAUCCCUGCGCGUGCAGCUUACUUACCAGUGUCAGCUUAGCCAGCCUAUUGUUUGUAGGCUAUUCCACAUGAAUAGGACAAAAUGUACGAUCUAUCCUUGUAAUUAGUAACUAUUUUUUUUCAACUCAAAUUAAUGAAAUUAGGGCAAACAUUAGAUAGGGCUUUACCAAAUUGUACCACUGUAUAUAAAAUUAUGAAACCCAGGUUUUUAAGCAGACUAUAAAAAAGGCAGUUCUGAGUCUACUGCAUGGCUGCUGAAUUUUUAUUGGGUAUAUUAAUUCAUUUGUUUUAUUAAUUCUGUCAGAUGUAAGAACAAUUCCAGUAGUUAUUCUGAAUCUGAAAUCAUGUGUAGUUCUUCAGUUUGGUAGCUUACAGCGUGUACAUGCAUACUUUUAGAAUAUGUUAUAGUGCAAAACUACUCAAAAAUAUACAGAAAUAGCUGUUUGAUCAUACAUUCAAUUGGGGGUAUGCGAAUCUGAUCAUUCACACUGUGUGUGACAGUGAAAUUUAGACUGAAAAAAUAUCAUGUUUGUAUGAUAAACCAAUCAUAUGAACCAUAAUUAUGAUAGCACCACAUCCUGGUUUGGGCUCAAGAAUAAACAGAUUGAAGCUUUACUUAUAUGUAAUUAAUUUUGUUAUACAGUGUUGUAUAAGAAUUUUGCACAUGUUGGCAGAUUGUGUAUAGUCCGAAAAUUCAUCAUCGGAUAUAUGUGUAAUUGUAUAUCAUAAUUAUCAUUACAAAUUAUUUUUUUGUUAUACACUGCUUUGAUCGUCUAUUAAGAAAUUAUUGCUGAUUGUUAAAGCUGAGCAGUGGCUAUGCCUUCCUUUUUUAAAUUUCCACAACAUCAACAUUUUAGGCUGAAUUUGUCAUUGUUUGAGACGUGUCUGUAAUAUGGGUAUUUUCUUUAGUCAUACUAAUACUAUACAUACACACAUUAUUCAGUGAACUCAUUUUCUUUAAUACAGAGUUGAUGCCCUACUAGCUCAGAAGUCAGAACUUUUUUUUGUAUCACUUGAUUUCAUUUGAGGCACCUAGUUUUCUACACACCAGCAAAUUUAAGUGUACACCACUCUCUGAUGAAUAAUGCUUGUUCUGGAAUUAUUGUAACUACAGAAAGUAUUUGUUUUAUUCUGAAUGAAAAUCUGUUGUUUUCUCAUAUAUCAUGAGGCUGCUCAUUUCAUAAUGUAGAUUUACUGAAAAGAGAAAUGUUUACCAUGCAUGCCAAGAGUAUAAAUAUUUUAGAUUGACAAAUUAUUUUGAUUGAUUGAAAAUCUGUAAGUGUGCAAGUAGCAAAAGUACUUGGUCUUAGAUAGUGAUUAGUUACUUUCUAUAUCAUCAUUCCAGUUUUAGUGCAUGAUAACAGUACUUAUGAAAGACCAGCAAGCAUCCAUCAUAUUCUGGAAUUGAACCAUACAAAUCAGCAGUGUACUACUAAAUUCAGUCAAACUUUGAAAAUUUGAAAUUUGAAGAAGCUCUUUGAGCAAAAUAACAGAAAGCUAAAAUGAGAUAUUCUCAAUUUUGAAUCCUAGAGUUAAAAAAUUCCGUAGAUAGAGCAAGUUUAUUCCCUCUGCUAUGGCUGUUUCUUGUUUCUAGGAAUUCUAGCUAUUUCUUGUUAUUCCA